AUGAGCUCAGAUACCAAGACCUCUGGUCUUUCCAAAGAGGAGAAGCAAAGAAAAUUCCAACAACAAUAUAAUGAUUUCCAGGAGACAAUAAAUCAAUUAACUGAGAAAAUCAACCAGUUGAGAGGUGAUUAUGACGAGCACACAAUUGUAUUGGAUACAUUGAAAAAGGCUCCAAAAGAUCGUAACUGUUAUAGAAUGGUUGGUGGGGUACUUAUUUCAAAUACUGCCGAGGAAGCAGCACAAAUUCUAGAAACCAAGGCCAAAAAUAUCGUCACUGCAUUAGACAACCUUUCAAAAGAAUUGGUGAAAACUCAUAAAGAGUUUGAAAAAUGGAAGAAGGACACUGGGGUUAAAAUCGUUCGUACUGACUAA